AUGGCCAAUGGUGUCUCUGUUCUUAAUGCAGCCGACUAUCCGUUUUCUGUAAUGAUCACUAAACCAGUGAUGUGUGGAGGUGCUUUGAUCUCACUUGAUCCUCCUUGGAUACUGACGGCUGCCCAUUGUAUCAGCAACUUUACGAGUGGACUUCCUGACCGAACUGUCAAUGCCGUAGGUUAUGGUAGUACAAAUAUCAGCCAUCUCAAGUAUGCUUCAAUCUUAAAAGCAGUUCCACAUCCUCGCUACAACACUCAGCUUGACCCCAAUACGCUACCCUCUCAAGAUGACCGCGACUCUCACACAAUGCAUUAUGAUAUCGGACUCGUUCAGCUAACCAAGCCCAUCUUGGCUGGCCCUGGCGUGGAUCGGAUUGCACUUUGGGGUUCGACAGAACCAGACCCAGACUGGGAAUCAUCACUCCUGACAAUUGGCAUGGGCUAUAUUGGACUGGACAAGAUCCAGGCCAAGACUCUUCAAAAGGCCAGCUGCGAUAUCGUUGCGAGUUCUAUUUCUAAGACAUACUCUCCUUCUAUACAAGAAAACGUUUAUUUGACUACAAGCCCGGCUAGCUUAUGUCACGGUGAUUCUGGAAGUCCAUUGAUAGGGACCAAUGAAAAGGAUCCUGGUCGAUUUUUUCUUGUCGGUAUCCUCAAUCGAAUCCUGAAUGCUCAUGAUCCCAAUCCAAGUAAAGCCACCUGCCCUGUGCCAAACGGUGACCCUGCAGUUGUCUACAAUGCCUUUGCCAAGGGAGUUGUGCACCUCGAAUGGAUCAUGAAUGUAACCCAACUCUCGGUCGCCGAUUUGACUCAGCACAAGCCGGUUGGAAGCUACAGCCUCACACUCUCAUCUGGCUCUCACCACCUACUUUUUUCACCGGUCUUCAGUAUCAUCAUUGUUUCUCUCUUACUCUGGGUUUUAUAA